CUUCAGUAAACGAAUCUUGCAAGGAAUAUUGAAUCUUCUACAGAGCGAUCAACUUUACUUUAAUAACGAAGCUAUACAAAAAGAAAAUAGAGGACCCUCAAAGUGUUACAGUUCUGAAGACUGAAGCCAACACACCAAGGAUGAUAUAGACUUAUACAGAGGCGAAGCAAACACGCAGAAAGGCGAAAUUCCUUUUUUGUAAUACAAAAAAAGAAUCCACAGUGGAAGAAGAACGAGACUUAAAAUAAAUUAAAAAAUACUUUGACGUAGCGAAAAAAAUCUCCUUUGGGUUAAAACCGCUAGACGCCACCGCAUCCGGCUUGGGUAGACGACUUCCCCUCUUUGAGAAAUCAAAUAUUAUGGUUCCAAAAAGCGGAAUUAUACGAAAAUAACUUAAUAAAGAAGCGGCGAGAACAUGGAAAAGGAAAUUAUUGGGAUGGAGAUGGAAUGACUCUUAGAUAGCGACCGAAUAAGGAAAUAAAAUGGAAAAGGACUCAGGGCAUUUCUGUUACGAGCCGUAUCCAGCAGUUACGAAAUCUAACCCGAGCAAUACGAACUCAUUAAGAAUAGAGAACUCGUCUAAAUCUCAGCAAAAAUCCUCGGAGAGUUCGUGCAAUUGUCUGGGGAAAAAGACCAAGCGAAAAGGAAAAGCUUUCCUGGCUGGAUUAGCGACAAACUUGGGUAUAUGUGUGCUGCUCUUCGGAUAUACGUUGAUAGGCUCUGUGAUAUUCUUAGCUAUAGAAGGUGGUCAAAACUAUCAGCACCAGAUCUUGGCAGCUACAUCUCUAGGCACAUCAAAUAACAACAAAAAUACACUAAACCAAAGUUCUCAGUUGAAAGUAAAAAACGAAAAAGCAAGAACCAAAACGGUGGAGAACUUAUGGAUUAUAACUGAAGGUCUGAACAUAUUGUACAAGGAGAAUUGGACUAUUUUAGCUGCACAGGAAAUAACAAGGUUUCAAAACGAACUGCUAAAAUCCAUGGAGGAUGAAAUAGCGCAUCAACAGCCUCUAGUAGUUACAAAAGACGGGGGCAGACAUGUUGAUCCUUUUGAAUGGACAUUUGCCAAGGCUUUCCUCUACUCUCUUACUGUUUUAACAACAAUUGGCUAUGGUAGUAUAGCCCCAAGAACAUCCUUAGGAAAAGCCGUGACCAUGGGUUAUGCUAUGCUAGGUAUUCCACUCACCCUUCUUUAUCUGUCCAGUGUCGGUUCUAUUUUAAGCAGAGUAGCCAGAGGGGUAUUCUCAAGAGCUCUGUGUUGUUGUCUUUGUUCAAAUUGUGGGUAUUGUUGUUAUGACGAAAAACGAAUGGCUGAGAAGGAAAGAAGAAUGAAAAAGAAGCGGCAACAAAUGGAGCUGCAGCAACAGUUAGGCCUGCAAGAGCCCUUCUACGUCCGAUCAAACUCUAGCUACAGCAACAACGUUCAUUCGCCGUGCAGGGACAGCACAGGAAAAGAAAUAGACAGUUUAAGCGGAACCGAUAAUGAAUCGAAAAGUUCCAUCCACGGGUGGAGUAUCCUGGCCCCUAUUCUGUUAUGUCUUGUUAUGAUGUUUAUCUACAUUUGCCUGGGAACUUUCGUAUUAUAUAAAUUGGAGAACUGGUCUUUACUAGAUGGAUUUUACUUCUGCUUUAUGAGCUUGACGACUAUAGGGUUCGGUAAUAUGGUACCAGGUUCGGAUCCCUUUCCAGACUAUGACUCGAGCACCACUCUAUGGUUCUGUUCAAUUUAUAUAAUGUCAGGAAUGGCCCUCACUGCCAUGUCAUUUAAUGUUGUUCACGACGAAAUUGUACAUAGAUUAAAACAUCAAGAGAAAACUGUUCCAAAGCUCAACUCUACCAGUUUCUCGGAUGAUCUGAAUAUCAACGAUCCAUAUAAUAUGACGUCAUGACAGUUUAACCCUCAAAAGAGUUCAAAUUUUUACCACAGAAAUCUUACUGAAGAAACUUUACUUAGCACUGGUACUCCGACAUCUAUUAUAGAUAUGGGCCAUGAAAUGGUUCCCAUCACGGUGGGUACGAAAAUGCCAGAAGUAGUGGAAGGUAGCGUAGCGAUGACUGGAGUUUACACAUUACCAGAAGAACCUGAAAUGGAAGAGAAUUCCGAAGGAAACACUGAAAUGUAGACUUUAGAAGAAUAAAUCAAUCUAAAUAGAAGCAUUAUACUUUGUGGCUAUAAAUUGUGGACUAUUUUUAACGAAAAAUAUUUGAAAUAAUGUUCAUGAUUUACAUUUAUAGAAUAAUAAGACUUAUCAGAGUGUUAUAAACUCUUUUGAUGUUAUAACACAAACUUUUUGUUACCUACAUAUAUUAAUCUUAUUAUAGUAUUAUUUUGAUGUAACUUUCAUUGUAUGUACUAGGAAUUAAUUUUUGUGAAGAGUUAUGAGGGCAGUAACAUUCAAACCUACUUUUGUUUUCUACAUUUUGAUAAUUUAUUAAAAUCUGUA